GAUUCACAGCUCAAGGCCACGCACCAGGGACAACAAGUGGCGCGGGCUAAGGGCUUUUAUUUUUUAUUUUAUCCUGUGUGGUUCAAGUGAACAAUCAAGAAGGAUCAUCAAAAUAAUAUUAAAAUGAAUGAUAAAAUGUUUGAGACAAUGUUCCAGCUGCGCUUCUGCGCCAAACAGAUGGAACGUCUCUCCAAGCGUGCGGAAAAGGAUCAGAAGAAGGAGCAGGCCAAGGUCAAACGGGCUCUGCAGAAGGGUAGCGUCGAGGGCGCGCGCAUUUACGCCGAGAACGCGAUCCGCAAAAAGAACGAGAGCCUCAACUAUCUGCGGAUGGCGAGCAAGGUUGACGCGGUGGCGUCGCGGACCCAGAGCGCUAUGGCCAUGCAGUCGGUGACCAAGAACAUGGACGGCGUGGUGAAGGCUCUGGACAAAGCGCUCAACUCGAUGGAUCUGGAGAAGGUCUCCUCGGUGAUGGACAAGUUUGAGAAGCAGUUCGAGGACCUGGACGUCCGCAGCAGCGUGCUGGAGGACGCUAUGGGUAGCACCACGGCCACUUCGACUCCCCAGGACCAGGUGGAGUCGCUCAUCCAGCAGGUGGCUGACGAGGCCGGCCUGGAGGUCUCUGGCCAGCUGAGCGGCCUGUCCGUGCCCACCGCCUCAGUCGGAGAGAGGACUGCGCAGCAGGACGACGCUCUCUCCAGGAGACUGGCGGCGCUGAGAGAGUGAAAAUACUCCUCAGAAGAAAUGAAGUCUGCAAACGCCCGAGACGCCAUUCUAGAUCAGGCUGCUGCCUUCUGGCUGCCUUUGUGACCUUGCGGAUCGACCCAGGCAAGUCUUCUGUCCAAACGAUACGACUCCCAGCUCCGCUCUUGGUAUCACGUUAGCCCAGCAGCAGUGCCAGGUCAGGUCAGGUCAAAUCGCGUGUCAGGUCAGGUCGGGAGUGAGUGCUGAAAGGCAGACUGUCGAGUCAGGUGCUGAGCCGCUCUGAAGCUGUGAUUAGCUGGUCUUCUGAUGCGGUUGGACUUCGACACGUUGUGCGCUACCGUCCUGAGUAAAAGGGAAGAGCAGCUGGGAAGAGAAGGAGGGCGAACAGGCGGUCAAUCCGAAGGGAAAGAUGAAAACUGAAGAGUAAGAUGAAGGAGGAGAGGGUGAUAGAAUGAUAAAAAGGCAGGGAGAGGGAAGGAACACCACAGUUUCUCCGGCGGGAAAUGAGUUGUGAUUUGUUUGUACUGGUGUUUGACUCUGCAGUGACUUUAUUCCGUGUCGGAUGCAGCAAAGUCACUCAAAGGAGCAGAAGCUACAUUUUCCCACACAAUCUUCUCUGAGUUUCAGUAUGCUUGAUUUCCCAUGUGAUGCGAGUGUGAUUGUGCGUUAGAUAGAGGUCCUUUCGUUUAGGUCAGGUCAAGUGCCCUCUCUGGGCGAGACAAUAUCGCAUCUGGCCGCUCCCACAAUAUUAGUGCGUCUGCGUGUGCGUGUGAUGAUGCUCUUGACUUGUUAAUCAUUGGGCCGGUCUGGUCUUUAGUUUGCCUAUCGCUUCGACACACUGUUAACGCACUUAGGGCGGAUCUUUUUCACCUGAACAGCUUGACGCCUUCGAAGGAGACUGGUUAAUGCCGCUGCCUACACUCACUGGAAGUAUAACGUGUGUCGCAGGACCCGCCUCUGCUUGGUCAGUGCUUCUAGGACAUAAAAGUCUAUUCGUUUGUUGAUUGUGUAAUGCGUCGUAGAGUUAAGUCUAUUCUCAAUAAUAUAUACGAUCACACUA